AUGGCUUCUUCGCCUUUUUUGGCAAAUCGGGUCGUGCAACAGCUUAUCGCUGAUGAAAGUUCAAACCACCCUCUAGCAGCCAAUGCUCUUCGUGGUCAAAUCUAUGUCGAUGAUGCUUUACUUGGAGCAAAUACCGAAGAAGAAGCUCUAGCGUUGCAGGAUGAUGUAAUUAGGUUAAUGUCCAAAGGUGGCUUUCAACUCAGAAAGUGGAUUUCUAACUGUCAGAACUUACUAAAUGCAAUACCAACAGAUCACCAUGGCGUACCUCUACAGUUCUUUUCAGAGAAAGAAUCAUCAUGCAACGUUUUAGGCAUAAAAUGGCUUCCAGAAAUUGAUUCAUUUUCGUACACUGUUACAAUUCCCAAUCUACCGCUAACCAAAAGAGCAGUUCUUUCUGCUAUCGCUCAACUAUUUGAUCCAAUGGGUUGGAUCACUCCACCUUUGUUUUGGGCUAAAGCUUUCAUGCAAGUCUUAUGGACUAAAGGAUUGAAAUGGGAUGAUCCAUUACCGAGUGAAUUAUCUUCACAGUGGAUUUCAUUUCUGAAGGAGCUACCCUCUAUUGCAGAGAUACAAAUACCUAGGCAUGUAGAUACUUACCAAGCAAAAAAUAUCCAAAUUCGUGGUUUUUGUGAUGCUAGCGAAUCAGGAUAUUGCGCCUCAGUGAUUCUUAGAGUUGAAAAGGAGGACCACGGAGUUACAACCAAUUUGUUGAUAGCAAAGUCUCGUGUUGCACCGCUAAAGCGUUUAUCUCUACCACGCUUGGAACUUUGUGGAGCUCAUCUCCUCUCCAAACUAAUCCAAUAUUGUGUCUCUUGUCUUAGUACAUACUUAACGAUCAAUGAAGUGUUCGCUUGGAGUGACUCAACUAUCACUUUAUCAUGGAUACAUACUGCUGCCUAUCGCCUCAAAACCUUUGUCUCCAAUCGUGUGGCAGAAAUUCAAGAAACUUCUACCCCAAUUGUGUGGUCUCACAUCACCUCAGAACAGAACCCAGCUGAUUGUGGAUCUAGAGGACUACUCCCUUCGCUAUUGGCCAACCACCCACUUUGGUGGACAGGACCUGACUGGUUCAAGCUCUCUCAAUCACUCUGGCCCACUACAUCAUUCAAGUUGUCAUGUUCACUUACUUACUUACUUACUUACUGCUUACUGCUGUUCUUCUCCUCCGCAGUCAUCAAGAAUGGGGGAGGCGUCAUCUUUUUCUUUAUCUUUAUCUUCUUAGUUGUAUCUUGGUUUUUUAUUGUCUUCUGUUAA